AUGCUAGUCACGCGCGGCUUUUCUCUUACCAAUUUCGUCAUCGGCUCCUCCGCACUAUGCUUCCAGAUCUUCGUCCUGUAUCCGUGGCACGAGAAGCUUGAAGAGGAGUUUGUAGAGCUAAGGAAGGAGCAUGCGCGGCUAAUCGAGGAGUCGCGAGAGAACCACCGAAAUGAGUUGAGGGGGAUUUCGGAACAGCUGAAGGCGUUGAGCGAGGAGCGGAGGAAGGGCGGGAAGUUUUGGUAA